CCUGCAGAUGCAGUCACUAAUGACAAAUGCAAUGAUUUUUGUGAGCUAGCUUGCUACAGGCUAGCCAUUGCCCCUUUUAAACGCUGCCGUGCAGUAGAGGAGCAGCUACAGAGCUGUGUCUGCCCGCCAUUAGCCAACCCAACAGCAACGGAAAGGAUUGCGAAUACACCCUUAGUAAAGAGUUUCUUUUUUUUUCUUUCGUAAAACCAGCUUUCAUUGGGGAAGUGGAAUAUUCUUUGUCGUCGAGCGAACGACCGAUAUUGUUACAGGGCACUACAUCGUUUUCAGGUCGAAGUGGCGAAGGAAAUAUAUUGAGAACGGAAAUUUAGUAAAAACAAAGAUGGAGACAGUUCCUUUCUCCCAGAGCUUCAAAGACGACAGAAUGACAACAUGGCGAUUCCUGAGACACAUCUGCCAACUCCUCCAGCUUUACAAAUAUGAUAAGACCAAAGCUGCAAGAACUCUUCCAGCACUAUGCAGGACUCAGAAUGGAGGAGACGUUGCAGCAAGAGAAACAAGAGUCGGAAUAUAAAAAUCCAAAUGAGGACCAAGGUGGGAUCCGUCGCCGAUUGCGGGACAGGGAUCUCCUAAGGAAGAGAAAGGCUGAAGCAGAAGAGAAGGAAACAAACCAGUGGGUUUUUGGGGUGGAGAGCCAGAGGAAAAGAGCAAGGGCUGAGGACAAGACCGGCUCAAAGAAGAGAGGGAGACCCAGGAAGACUGAACCCACCUCAGAGUUAUCUGUCAUUCAGGAAAAGCAAGCAGUGCCUCAGGAAGCUCCUGCAGUAAUGGUGGUGCCUGAACCCGCUGAGGCCUUCCCAGAGCAAACAUCAGGCUCUCUAUCCCCCUUUCUUGCUUUAGAAUCACAAGCAGCAUCUGUCCUCGCUGCCCCUGCUCCUCUGCCAGUGUUUGGAUCUGUCCAAAGCCCUGUCUUUGCUCCUACCAUGACUUCUCCAGCUCCAGUUAACCCAACUCCAGCCUUUUUUUCACCCGCAGUUCCUGCUCCCUCUCCCACCAAAGUUCUAGACACGGCUCCAAUUCCUGUCCAAGAUUCGGCUCCAGCGCCAGAUGCUGUUCAAAUCCCAUUCCUGAUCCAAGCCCCUGUUCCAGCUGCAGCCACGACUCCUCCUUCAGCUCCUCCUCAGGUGGAGACCCUCUACAAGGAGUCACAAGAAAGGGAGGCCCAAGACCUGGUCCUGAUUGAGGACUUAGGCCCAGAUGAGGAGGUAGACAAAAGAGCUGAUGAAGAUUUGAGUGAGACACCGUCGAUCAACAUACCUGAACAAAACAAAAUGUUCUCAAUUCCCACCAUGUCCUCGCCGCCUCCUCCACAAGAAUAUCUCCCAGGAAAUUCAUUCUAAUUUUCUAAAACACACAUUUCAGAUACUGCCUCAGUUCAGAACACGCAAGCCAGACUUCAUACUUUUUGGUCACAGUUUGUAUCUAAGUAUUAUUCUGGUUAGUGUGCAGCCUGCUGGUUCAAGAGAACAAACAUGCUGAGCAUAUACAUUGCUUAUCUGACAAAUGUAUGAAUUCAAACCAAACCUGUAUGCUUAUUUAUUCUGGUUUGUGCUUCACUGCGAAGUUCAUGAAAUUUCUUUUUGUAUUUUGCAUUUAGUAAACAAAAAAAUUUGCCUGCUUUUAUUUAAAAGUAAAUUAAUCACUGGUAAUUAUAUAUUUGUAAUUGUGGAUU